AUCCCUCUCUACUUCUCUCACACACAUACAGUGUGUUUGCUGGGAAGGGGAUAGCCGAGGGGAAACUAGGGAUUACAUUGUCUACCUGCCUGUGAAGGAAUUAUUUUCCUCUCUGGAAUUUCCAUUAAAGAGAUCUUGGAACAACAUCCUAAAGGGAGCCGUAGCCAAAUUCUUACCUAUCAUCGAAACCCAGUGACAUCACUAUUAUCACCUGAUCUGCAGCAUAUUUUCCCGUCGUCAACAUCAUCACUUGUCAGUAACAUCAACGCCGAAACACGUUUUGACAUCAUCCGAGGAGACCAUGAGCAGCAACUACAGCGUCACUCUCUUGGGCCCAGCCCCCUGGGGCUUCAGGCUGCAGGGAGGGAAGGACUUCAACAUGCCCCUCACCAUCUCCAGGCUGACGGAUGCUGGGAAGGCGGCUAAAGGUGGCAUCGGUAUCGGAGACAUGGUUCUGUCUAUUGACGGCAUCGCCACGGAGGGCAUGAACCACCUGGAGGCCCAGAACAAGAUCAAGAGCUGCACCGGCAACCUCAGCCUCAACCUGCAGAAGGCCCUCCGUGCUGCAAAACCUCCUCCUGUGGCACCAAAGGACGACAGAUCAGACAUCAUAAAACCAGUGGCCCUCACCCAUCCCCCUCCACCACCCCAUCCACACCCUCACUCCUCCAGCCCCUCCACCACCAGCUACAACAAGGCCACCACACGUUACGGGGGCUGUGCAAGAGAGAGCGAAUACCCUCCUUCACAGUCCCCUUUCGCUCCCUUCAUCCCAUCCCCAUCCUCUGCCUUCACUCCUGCCUCCUCUCACAUCAGUCCUCCCCUUCCUCCUCCUCCACCUCCUGUCUCUUAUCCAUCCUCUUCCUCUUCCUCCUCCCCCCCUAUCCUCGUUGCGCCCCAGCCAUCAGUGUAUAACACACCCUUCAACCUCUACUCCUCUGAGAACGCAUGUGAGGUGGCCAUGGGGCAGAGGCGGGGCCUGUUGGAGAGUCAGGGUGGAGCCUUGCCGCCUGUGCAGUUUAAUGGAGUUCCCAGGAGACACGUCGUGGACACAGACAUCCAUUUCUACCAUGUGCCCACUCACGCUGAUGCCAGCAGGAAGCGCAUAACGGAGGACACGGAGGACUGGCGCCCUCGCACCGGCACCACCCAGUCCAGAUCUUUCAGGAUUCUGGCUCAGAUCACCGGUACCGAGCGUGCUCAAGAUGAGGAAGAUGACGCAGCCAAGAAGACAAAUGAGGAAGGAGAGGAGCCAGAACUCAACAGCCACGAGUCUGCAGUUGUCAAGACCAUGGUCAAAGGACCUGUUGCCAUCCAAGGUCACCAUCCACAGACUCAUUUGAUCACCCCGUCCUUCGGUAUGAAGGGUAAUGGAAGUGCCAGUGUCCCGAGGGGUCCUGUCCCAGCCCGACCUUUACCUCAGCCCCACCCUUCAGAUGAGGACACCCUGGUCCAGAUGGCAGAACACAUCCCUGCUGGGACUCGGACACCCAUGUGUGCCCACUGCAACAUGGUCAUCAGAGGGCCAUAUCUGGUAGCAAUGGGGAAAUCCUGGCAUAAGGAGGAGUUUAACUGUGCCCACUGCCGUACGUCUCUGUCAGAUAUAGGCUUUGUGGAAGAACAAGGAUCUGUCUACUGUGAACACUGCUAUGAAGAUUUCUUCGCUCCGACAUGCAGCCGCUGCCAGGACAAGAUACUGGGGGAGGUGAUAAAUGCCCUCAAACAGACGUGGCAUGUCUACUGCUUUCUGUGCGCUUCCUGUCAGCAGCCAAUCAGAAACAACACCUUCCACCUGGAGGAUGGAGAACCAUACUGUGAACAAGACUUCUACAGUAGGUUUGGGACUAGCUGCCACGGCUGUGAGUUCCCCAUCGAGGCUGGAGACAAGUUCCUGGAGGCCCUCGGUUACACCUGGCACGACACCUGCUUUGUCUGCACUGUGUGCUGCACCACCCUGGAAGGCCAGAAAUUCUUCUCCAAGAAAGACAAACCUCUUUGCAAGAAACACGCUCACACACUGAAGAUAUGAAUCUCUGACUUUCUUCACAGCCGUACAUUCUCCCUCGGUUGAUGCAGUGGGAAGGCCUCUUAACAGUUCUUGCAACAAUAAAACUCAAGCACUACUCGUAUAAGUAUAGCGGUCAGAAUAAGGAAACACUGCCAUGUAUGCAAAAGUGAAUUUAUUCUUGUCCAGGGAUCCAGACUCAUUGUAAAACAUAAUCUACAGUACUGCUUAAUAACUGUUUCUACCAAUUUUCACCCAAAAUACUGAUUUUCAUGGAUGCUCAUGCACCCAGAAUUAGAACAGUUUUACUGCCAAAUGGUACAGCGUAUGUGUGGAAUACCACUAGCAAUCACCAAAGUCGGACAAGUAGGAUUUUGUGAUCCUAGUCUUUAUUUCUUAAUCUAGAGUUUAAUCUUGAUUUUCUCAGAAGCACAUUAGGGGUGAAAUCCUCACAUCUACCAUCGUAAGUCAGUCAGUGAACAAAGAGGCUCCGGUAACCUGUUAAAUCACACAACGCUUGAAAUUAGACAGUACCAGAAAUAUACGUGUAUAUUCAUACUUAUACUAUAGGAGUUCAGAGAGAGGAGGAUAUUGGCAAUUAUUUUCUAAGCAGGUGUUUAUUUUUGUUAGUGGUAAUGUUUGUGAAGCUGUAAUCAAAUUAAACAAUCUGAUCCACAGCUAUUACGUUUCAAGAGAAUAUCCAAUUUCCUGUGUCAAACUUUAUUUUAUCAGAAUCUGCGUUAAAAAUGUCCAGACUGUGCUUGUACUAGUUGUUUUAAUACAGGUGAGCUGAAUGUCUGGAAUGAUGAUGAAACCCCUUCUUGCUUUUGAUCAGUGCAUAGAAUUAUUUGAACUUUUUCUUAUUUUUCAAAUGAAUUUUAUGUAUUUUAUGAUUUUUUUUUAAAAUUUGUUUGUCAUGUGAAACUUGGCUAAAAUGUUACCGGUUUCAAAACAAGUCAAACAAACUUAGUCAUAUACAACAGUGAGGCACUUGAGAAAAUGGUCUUGAUUUUAUGGAGGACAUAAUUGGCCCUAAAUAUACAUACAAAAUAGAUAAAUGUAUGACAAAGUAUGAUUUUUCCUUACUAUGAUAGACUGACAUAUCUUGACAAUUGCAUAGUGUUGGCACAAAUGUGUUUUCUAUACUGAGUGCCAUAUAGUUUAAUGAAUCAUAUUCAUAUUUUUACUUAUUUUACCUCAUCUUAUUAUAUAUAUUUAUUUUGUAUUUUAUAAUAAUUGCAUUAAUUUCUGGUUGAUUCGGUCCUCCAUAUGCUUCAUAAAAGUGAGUAGCUCUUUCUGUGAAACUCUAAUAAUCUUUGUGUAGUAAACUGUAUAUUUCAUUUUGUUUAUAGAGGUGAGAAAUGUCUUAUCUGACAAUAUGUAUUUAACUGUUUGGGUAACUGGGUUUUUGCUUUUGCAGGGAAUGGAUGAGGGGUAGUUUCUUCUCUGUUUUUAGUGUCUCACAUGACUGUCCACUAACCGUCCCAGCAUGUUGACUUGGAGAUAUUUACUUUUCAUUAUGGCAGAGGGGUAUAUAUGGUCUAUUUUUAAAACACUGAGAACAGAACAAAUGGUAGCACUCUGAUUCAUUUCAUGUAAUUAUCAUUAAAGAAAGCUGGGUUUUUACUGUAUGUGUACAGUAACAGUUUACAGCGGUAAUCAAACAUGGUUAAUUUCCACCUACAGAACUGCAGUUGGUACUAUUAAAAUGGAUCUGAGUUGUUGAAUAAAUGAUGCGCUCUUAAACCCCCAA